CACAAAAGCCUUUGCUUUUAAUUGGUGGACUGAGCUGUCAAUCAAAUGACUCUGGGCGGGGCUUUCUGUCCAGGGUGGGUUGUCGUACCCAUAGAUAUGAAUCAGCAGAUAGGACACGCCCUUUUGAGCUGCGUGCCUACGGCGAGGCUAAGCUAGUGGGGGCAAAGUUUCAGUGCAUUCAGUUGAUGUUGACGGCUUGGAAACGGAAACGAGUAUCCCGUCUCACUGUACUGCAUACAAUUGCACACUGCGUCGUAAGAUUGAGACAAGUAAACUUGGAAUGACUUUUCAUAGGUUUCCCAGAGACUAUGGGCUGAGGAGGAAGUGGGAAGCAGCUCUGAGGAGAGAGGGGUUUGCUGCAAAUGAUGAGUGGGUGCUCUGCAGUGAUCAUUUUAAACCUGAUGAGUUUGACAGGGCUGGGCAGGUUUGUCGGCUUAGACCUGGUGUCAUUCCAUCAGUGUUUAACUUCCCGGCUCAUCUUGGAAGAGGUGUUCACGGUCAGUUCAAAGGUCCCUCUCUAUCUCCCCACACAUCCACCAACCACUGGAACACAUCUCCAAAGUUCUGCCGGGCCAGCUCAGCUUCCCCUCAGAAGAAGUGCCGCCACCUGCCAGAUGAAGGAGCCUUUUCAGAGACAGCUGGCAUCGUGAUUGGACUGUACUUUGGUCUGUUCCAAUCCAGCUUCAGCUCCAGAGACGGCAGGCGGGACGAGUCAACGGAGGCCGGGUGGAUGAAGGCAUGCAGCUGAGUACAAUCCAGAAAACAACAGAGGAGGAGUGCAGUGGCCCAGGGCCAGAACAGAGUAGUCAAAGUCAGCUUUAUCGUCAUUUUUUCAAUAUGUACAUGACAUACCAAGAAUCGAAAUUACGUUAUGUUACGUUACGAGUGGCAUAGUAUGUCUCUUAGAAAACAUCAUAGUAUAGCCUUUGGAAUGAAAAAACGCCAUAAUAUACAUCGUAUAUUAUGUACAAAUAACAAGUCAAAGGAAAGAGACAUACAUUGUAGAAUUGUAGUAAUUGUGGGCUGACUGAUUUACUGAUUAUCAGUAUUUUAUUUUUUACUGAUUUAUGGUAAUAAAUAAAUUUAAAAAGGGUGCUAUUUUGGCUCUGAACCUUUAUCUACCUGUGGUCGCUCUGUCUUCUGGAGUGAUUUGAUUGGUUAUACGUCGCGAAUAAAACUCUUUUAACUUAACAUCUGUAAACAAAACAAAAACGUAUCAACAAAGUUUUCUGUUAGAGUUUGUGUUCUUCUAAGUUUAACUCCAAGAUUUUAAAUACUUUCAUUUACUGCAAAUGAAUAUCUACUCCAAAUGUCUCACUAAUAAUCAUUAUCAGCCUUAAAAACUGUAAAUGUGAAUGUGAAUGUUGUAAAAACGUGCUGUAUGAUGAAAUAAUGUAAAGUAGGCCGUGAAAAACACUCCAGAAAGGUUUUCUUUGAAAAAGAAAUCAUGAAUUUUGGCGCAAAAAAACGCCAUAGUAUACUAUGUCGGAAAAAAAAUGCGAUUUUUCAACAUGUUGUAAAAACGUGCCAUAUGAUGAAAAAAUGUAAAGGAGGCCGUGAAAAACACCCCAGAAAGGUUUUCUUUGAAAAAAAAAUCAUGAAUUUUGGUGCAAAAAAACGCCAUAGUAUACUAUGUCGAAAAAUGUCAUUUUUCAACACUAAAUCUUAAUGAAAAAUAUGUUUUACUUAAGUCCACCUGUUUCAGCCAUCUCUACCCCUCAUUAGGUACCACUCUAAGGUACAUUAUACAAAAAAAAAUCCAGUAGAUGUCACUGUGUUUUGAAAUAGCAUGCAGAGCAAGUUAGUCUGCUCACAGGAAGUUAGCACGAGCAAAAUCACUCCUCACAGGAGG